CUGUUAUAAAUGGAGGGAACGGUUCUCUGAUUCCUCUCUUUACUCUCUUCUUCCUCUCCUCUUUUCUCUGAUUCUUUCUCUUCCUCAAUUCUUCUUCUCCUGAUUUGUAUUACGAGAAAUGGGCCGCAUCAUUUUGAUGCACCCACACGCUUCUUCCCAGUCGCUUAUAUCUACGAGCGCAUUCGCCACCGUACACCUGUAAAGAUAAGAUACAGGUAAAGAAAAAUUGAGAGGGAAAAAAGUCGAAAGCACUUUUUAGAGAGAGAAAGAGAGCGGCGUUGUGAGAGAAGGACUCGUGAGGAGAUCUGAAAUCGAACAAUCGAAGAUCGAGUCUUGGGUUUUUCUUCUGUAGAUUUGUUAUGUUUAUUUGGAUCCGGUGGUUGAAACUUGGGGGAACUCUCAAGUUUGGGAGGUGAAAUUUAGGGUUUUUGGUGCAGAUGUACUUAAACCCUAUUUUGGAUUUGGUUGCGGGUGCAGAAUUGUUUUUGUUGGAGACUGGAAAAAAAGAAAUUAGGGUUUAAAACCCUAAUAUAUGUGUAUGGCUUCGGGGAUAGUAGCUGGAGAAGGAAAAGAUGGUGAGAGAGAGAAACAGAGGUACAGUGAGAACAAGGUUUAUACCAGGAAAGCGUUCAAGGGUUCCAAGAAAAAUAGUCUUCUCAACUCCACUGUUAACAGUAGCAACCCCAACCCCAACCACAACAACAACAACAACAACAACACCAGUAACAACCACAAGAACAACGUGGAUAGGGAUGCUGAGAAUGACACUGAUGUCACCAUAACAGCUGUCCCUAACACCAACGACCACCACAACAACAACAAAAAUGACAACAACGUGGAUAGGGCUGCUGUGAACAACACUGAUGUCAUCGCAACAGUUGUCCCUAACACCAACGGAAACAGCAACCACCCUGUUGAAAUACCUGCUCAGCCUCUUCCUUUGGAGUUUGGGAAUUCAGCUCACCAACAGCCUGGUCCUCGCGUAGAUACUGCUGCUUCUGAUGACUGUUCAAGUUUUAAUAAGCAGGUGGCUAUGACUGGAGAUUUGAAGCCUAGUUCUGAGAACCAGGUGAAGAUCAAUUUGGCUUCAAGGUCAAAGCAGGAGAUGGCAGAACUGAGGAGGAAGUUGGUAAGUGAGCUUGAUUUGGUAAGGAGUUUGGUGAAGAGGAUUGAAGCUAAAGAAGCGCAAAUAAGGGGGUUUAGUAAUGCCCCUGUUCCUUUGAAUAAUGCUGUUGAUUAUGGUUUCAAUGGGGUUCAACCAGAGCUGGCCCCAGUCGGCAUUUCUCAGGAGCCUGUUAAGAAAUCAAGGCCUUUGAAUCAGUUGAAUAUUUCUGCCUUGGAAAAUAGUCAGGGUGUAAAUGAAAAUUUGGAGAAGGAGAAAAGGACGCCUAAGGCAAAUCAGUUUUAUUGUAAUUCUGAGUUUUUGCUUGCAAAAGAUAAGUUUCCUCCAGCUGAGAGUAACAAGAAGUUGAAAUUAAAUGGGAAGAAGCAAGGAGGAGGUGACUUGACACACGGGUUUGGCAUGGGUAAUAAGUUCUUUAAGAGCUGUAGUUCUUUGCUUGAAAGACUAAUGAAGCACAAGCAUGGUUGGGUCUUUAAUUCUCCUGUUGAUGUCAAAGGUCUUGGUUUGCAUGAUUACUAUAGUGUCAUUAAGCAUCCCAUGGAUUUGGGCACUGUGAAAACAAGGCUUGGUAAAAACUGGUACAAGUCACCAAGAGAGUUUGCAGAGGAUGUGAGAUUGACGUUUCAGAAUGCCAUGACAUAUAAUCCUAAGGGACAAGAUGUUCAUGUAAUGGCAGAGCAGUUAUCAAAGAUAUUCGAGGGAAAAUGGGCUUCUAUAGAGGCAGAUUAUAUUCGAGAUAUGAGACUUGCAGUAGAAUAUGAAGUGAGUCUCCGUGUGCCAACACCAAGAAAGGCACAUUCAUUGCUACCACUUCCGCUUGAUACUAGGAUCUUGGAUAGAUCAGAGUCAAUGAUACGCCCUAUUGAUCCAAGACCAAAACUAAUUGCUACAACUCCUUUGGGUAGGACUCCUGCUCCAAAAAAGCCUAAAGCAAAGGAUCCUUACAAGAGGGAUAUGACUUAUGAAGAGAAGCAGAAGCUUAGCACUAAACUUCAAAGUUUGCCUUCAGAGAAGCUGGACAACAUUGUACAGAUUAUUAAAAGAAGGAAUUCAGCUGUUCUUCAACAUGACAAUGAAAUAGAAGUAGACAUUGACAGUGUGGAUACUGAGACUCUUUGGGAGCUGGAUAGAUUUGUUACCAACUACAAGAAAAGUUUGAGCAAAAGCAAGAGAAAGGCUGAACUUUCCAUUCAAGCCAGAGCAGAAGCUGUGCAGAUUGUACCUGAGAAAGUAAAGUUGCAGACCGUGGCUCCUGUUUUGGUGGAAGUGCCCAAGGAAACCACAACUAAUGAACAGAAUGUGUCCAGGUUACUUGUUGAAGAAAAACCGGGAGAUGCUGCUAGUAGGUCCAGUAGUUCAAGUAGCUCUAGCAGUGAUUCUGGAUCUUCUUCAAGUGACUCUGAUAGUGAAAGUUCCUCUGCCUCCGGAUCUGAUGCUGGACAUUCACCUAGAGCUUGAGUGUUUCUCGUUCGGUUUUGCAGAUUGGCCUCUAUGAGUUUGAUGUAGCAUUUGGGUGUAUAGUGAAGAUUUUGGUACCUCGGACCUGACGGGCUCCCUCCAGGCGGUUGAGCCACCGCCGAGAUGCUGUUGUUGAAACUGGGAACAAGGCUUCAGCAGCACUGGACAAUAUGUGGAGUAUCUGUAUAAUUAUAAUUUGGAUGGGUUGAUUGUGGUGUUGAAUGGGUAGAGAUUAGGAAUAGGAGAAACUGGAAGCACGUGUGUACAUUUCUAAUUUAACAAGUACUACUCAACUCACCCUAGUUUCAGGGGACUUUGUUUUAGUGUGUUUAUUCUUUCUGAUGGUUCUUUGAUGUGAUGUUAUUAUACAGAAAGUCAGAAACAAGGCAUUGUAAUUCAAAAGUAGUAAGCAUGCUUCAAAUGAAAAGUAAUAAUUAUGAUUUGAUGUUGCCCUUA